CCCCAAAACCUACCAAUUAUUAAACAGGAAACAGAGGAACAAGAAGGAAAGGAAAAAAAAAAAAAAGAGAAAAGAAAAGAAGAAGAAAAAAAGCCGAGGCAGUCAGCCUAAGACCGCAUCCCCUUCCACUCAUAUCAAAUCCUUCCACCCUCUACUCAUCAUUACCCCGAAGUUGGAAGGGCUGAGCUCGCGAUGCUGCCGCGUAUCAACCCCGAUCACCGAGUUGCAGAGCCCUAGCUGAAAGUUUGUUAUUGAUAAUUGCUGCUUAUUGCUAUUGAUCUACCGAGACAAUGAUGCAAGUUACUACGCAGUCUCAGAACGGCCAGCAGAACCACGUGUCACUACAUCACGGCAAGCAAGAGCCCGAUAGCGACGACGGUAAUAACGGCCUUCAGAGCGGAGAUGAGAAUGAGCAAGAUGAUGAUCUUGAACAUGACAGCCCCGGUGCCGUGCGCAAUGGGAAGCGCAAGAGGCCAAUCUCGGUCUCUUGCGAAACAUGCAAGCAAAGAAAGGUAAAAUGCGAUCGUGGGCAACCGUCCUGCGGUUGGUGCAGACGGAACUCAGUCUUCUGCGAAUAUCGCGAGCGUAAGAAGCCCGGUCUUAGAGCUGGAUAUGGCCGAGAGUUGGAACAGAGACUAGACAAGCUCGAGGAGAUAUUGAGGUCCCAUUCCGAGAUCCUUCAGAGUUCCUUCAUAAACCAUGCUCACCACAACCUGGCCCCAAGCGUGCGUAACAGUAACUCGAGCCUGCCAAGCGAUCAUGGGACUCCGCGCGAACCUACGUCGCUAUUUCGACCCACCGAAAACAUCAGGACUCCUCAAGCCGAAACUGCCUUGUUUUUACAAAAGCCUUCAACUUUUUCAACGGCAUCGCAGCAUGUCGACUUUGGAUUACCACCUCCUACCCCGUCUAUUCACUCCAUGCACGACGGCUACCAACCGCAAAUGCCCAUGGCCGGCAUAUCUCCUUCCAACCAGCUAGGGCCCAGUAUUCAACCAGGCCCAACGGCUCAGGAAUACUACGGCCAAUCUCGGCCGCAACAACAACCGCUUAGGUCACCGGGGAUGGGUGUUACUCAGGGCCAGACUCAAAUAACGUCAGAUCAAGAUCUCCCCCCUUACGACUUGCUGUAUGCCUUGGUGGAUUUAUAUUUCAAACACAUCAAUACUUGGUGUCCCAUUUUGCACAGGAAAUCCACGCUAGACUCGCUUUUUGGCUCAUCGACGUUGGACGACACCGACAAAGUGCUUUUGCAUUCGAUAGUUGCGGCUACUUUAAGGUACUCGACAGACCCAAGACUUACAGAAGAGAAAAGACGGCAUUAUCAUGAUGUCUCGAAGCAAAGAGUCCUACUUUUUGGAAUGGAGAACUCAUCGGUCAAGUCAUUGCAAGCCCUGGUUAUUCUAGCCCUGGAUUUAUGUGGAAGUAGUAAUGGUCCGCCAGGUUGGAACAUCAUGGCCUUGAUCACUCGAUCGGUCGUACAGCUAGGGUUAGCUGUGGAGAGCAACUCGCUUUCCAUUUCUCCCAACUAUGCGUCAAUAUAUACCCUAAGGGCUAUGGUUUUACCGGAGCCGAGGGAUUUUAUCGAAGAGGAGUCGAGGCGGAGGCUUUUUUGGAUGAUAUACCUCUUGGAUCGAUACGCUACGAUUGCUACCGCAUUUGACUUUGCUCUGAACGACAAGGAGAUUGAUCGGACACUGCCUUGCCGGGAUGAUUUGUGGAUUAAGAAUCAAAAAGUAGAAACGCGGCGGUUUUAUACACAGGACCACUCUCUGAACCAGCCAGAUGAGGCGAACAAGCCCGAGAACCUAGGGGCUUUCUCGUACUACAUUGAAAUUCUUGGCAUUCUUGCCAAAAUUCACGAGUUUUUGAAGCAGCCUGUUGAUAUCGGCGCACUAGGUGAUGUUGAACAGUGGCAGCUUCGGUACAAGGAACUUGAUAAUCUCCUUGCUUCUUGGAAGUUUGGUCUUCCUGGGGAGUACGGAAACAUGGCCAAACUUUUUCAACCGGGCGGUGGGAAGACGUUGAACUGCGGAUGGGUUAUGCUGCACGCUACUUAUCAUACUGCCGUGAUCCGCUUACAUUCGUCGGCUGCGUAUCCUACUACUAGAUCGCCUAUCUUCACACCGUCAUAUAGCGCAAGCCAGCGCUGUCUCGGAGCAGUGGAGAAUAUCGCGGCUUUGGGUGAAUUCGUGGUACAGAAUGGCAUGCUGAACAAGCUAGGACCUCCGUUCGCUUUCACGUUGUGGGUCGCCGCGCGGCUCUUACUCGUUCAUGGGUCGACGGUGGAACAUAAACUAGCACCGCAGAUCGCCUUCUUAGUUGAUACCCUUCGGGACAUGGGCAGGUAUUGGCCGGUAGCAGGAAGAUAUUGCCAGUUGCUCCAACGGGUUCUUGACGAGCAUAGCGACAGCGAGCGUGCCGUCGGUCAGACGGGAGAACGUGUCACGCCGUCUUCAGUAAAGAUACUCGCGGAUAUGAGGAGAACGGCAUACGACCUUGACUUCUUGAUAAGUCGACAGCCACGUCACCUGGCAGGGGCGCCGAGCCGUCGGCCGAGCAUAACGCCGGCUCGAACACCCGCGGCGAACGAUCUUGAAUACUUGGACGUUUUUGAUUUCUUCAACGUGCCGCGGCUCCCAUUUAGCCACGAGGCAUCGUCAGGCCCACCCAACCAGAACGAGAUGAACUCGUCGGAAAACGCGGCAGCCAAUAAUAACAACAACAAUAACACCAAUGGCAAUAACAACAACAACGGAAAUGAGAACGCAGCCACGAACGAAUUUAACAUAACGAAUUUUAUGGUGGACGCGAAUAGCGACUGGCUUUUUAAGCAGCCGAAUUAGGUGCUUAUGUAGGUGCCUAGGGGCCUAGACAUAUAGGUAGGUUAAGUUUCCAAGUCAUGUAGUAUAUAGCGAGAUUUAUUUCUUUCUGGAGAAGAAUUGCA